UCGGCGGGCACUAUGGCGCUGGGCAGGUUUGGUUCAUGCUCUCGAUCAUUCAUACGUGAUCCUUGUAAAGGGCUGUUUUGUGGCAUUACACAGUCAGGCUGGACUGAACGCUGCUUAGGAGCUAAAAGGCAUCUGUUAUCCGAGGAUGUUGUCAAAUUGCAAGACUUUCAACAAAGGAAGCUCGCAGUGGCUCAUCUUGUCACCGGAUCGCAAGGAAAUUUUAUUGAAUUGUUCAACCAGAAACUACAGAAGAAUGAGCUGAUACUGAGAGAUGAACUGAAGCUUCUCCUUCACUUGUGCCAGUCUGCAGACGACAUGGUGACAGCCAGAGAUGCCAUCUACAGGUAUCAUUCAGAGAACCGGAACUUUGCGUACGGAGAGUUCAAGUUUGGCCCUCUCUUCAUGAGGCUGUGCUAUGAGCUGGGCCUUGAGGAGAUGGCUGCCGCUACACUCACUGAUACGAGGUUAAAAGGUUUUUUCAACGAUGCAACAUCAUUUAACAUCGCCAUAGACAUGCUGUUCACAAAAGGGUCUUAUGAAAAUGCCUUGGAGGUACUAAGAGUCAUGAAGAACCAAGGUGUUCCUUUCAAUAAGGACACCUUCACACUGGCAUGUGGCACCUGCUAUAAACUGAACACAACGGAGGCCUACAGGAUCUGCACCGCUCUGAUAGAGGAGGCACAGACCAAAGGACAUGCAAUACCCAGACACGCCUACUGCUUUGCUGUGGCAUUAGCACUUAGACAGAAUGACAGUGAAAGGGCAAAGUCAUUCUAUUCACAAAUUAUGAGUACGGACAGCAGAAUAUGCCAAAAUCUGAAAGUUGUAAUACUGGCAAUGUCAGGAUCAGUGAAAGACGCAAUCUCCAUCCUGUCGGUGGCCGUGUUGUCUAGAAGUCCGUCUUUUGUGAAGAAGCCUGAAUUUUCUCAGGAAGUGGUGGAUCUGCUGCGUCUGCGGAGUGAGGAUGGACCGCUCAUGAUGAAAGUAGAGCACAUACUGUCUCAGCUGGAGCAAGCUGGCCAGGUGACCCAGCAGACUUUGGAUGACAUGUUGUGCCACACACCCACAGGGAAGAGAAAACCGGUAGCAAUGAUGGAGGAGAGGAAGAUCAGCCGAAGGACUCGGAAGCCCCUACAGUCCACUCUGGUGUCAGAGUGAGGGCGGCUGUGAGCCACUCAUAUAGACAUAACUGGCUCUGAAGUGUAGACUUUAGCUACAGCUGAUUUGCCAUCACUAUCUACCUCUCCUUUCAGAUCGACAAAAUCACCACAUUUCAUACUGGGCUUCCUGAUCCCAAUUUUUUUUUUUUUUUUUUUUUUUUUUUUUGCCUUAUCCUAAAAUCUUUUUCCGUCUCCCAACUGGGUUUGUGCAAAAACUUUAACAAAACAAGCAUUGUGCCACCUAAUGUGGGACUAAAUAUCCCCCUAUACACCACUAAAUAAUAAUUUAUUUGUGGCAGUGGGUGAUUUUGGAAACAUGUAUUUAAAAGUGAGAAUGGGCUAUUAAAGAUGUGUAAGAUAUUUAAUAAUAA